GCCACUGCAGUCGGCUCCUUCUCCUCCGCUCUGUCACCGCCCGUCUCUCCGGUCGCCAUGGAAGAGGAAAUCGCCGCGCUGGUCCUCGACAACGUCUCCGGUAUGUGCAAGGCCGGCUUUGCGGGCGACGACACCCCCCGCGCCGUCUUCCCGUCCAUCGUUGGGCGCCCCCGGCACCAGGGCGUGAUGGUGGGCAUGGGCCAGAAGGACAGAUACGUGGGCGACGAGGCCCAGAGCAAGCGGGGCAUCCUGACGCUGAAGUACCCGAUUGAGCACGGCAUCGUCACCAACUGGGACGACAUGGAGAAGAUCUGGCACCACACCUUCUACAAUGAGCUGCGCGUCGUCCCCGAGAAGCACCCCGUGCUGCUGACCGAGGCGCCCCUGAACCCCAAGGCCAACCGAGAGAAGAUGACCCAGAUCAUGUUUGAGACCUUCAACACCCCGGCCAUGUACGUGGCCAUCCAGGCCGUGCUGUCCCUGUAUGCCUCCGGCCGCACCACGGGCAUCGUCAUGGACUCCGGUGACGGUGUCACGCACACCGUGCCCAUCUACGAGGGCUACGCCCUGCCCCACGCCAUCCUGCGUCUGGACCUGGCCGGCCGCGACCUGACCGACUACCUCAUGAAGAUCCUGACGGAACGGGGCUACAGCUUCACCACCACGGCUGAGCGGGAGAUCGUGCAGGACAUCAAGGAGAAGCUCUGCUACGUCGCCCGGGACUUCGAGCAAGAGAUGGCCACCACCGCCUCCUCCUUGUCCCUGGAGAAGAGCUACGAGCUGCCCAACGGCCAGGUCAUCACCAUCGGCAACGAGCGCUUCCGCUGCCCAGAAGCGCUCUUCGAGCCCUCCUUCCUGGGUAUGGAGUCCUGUGGCAUCCACGAGACUACCUUCAACUCCAUCAUGAAGUGUGACGUGGACAUCCGGAAGGACCUGUACAACAACACGGUGCUGUCUGGCGGGACCACCAUGUACCCUGGCAUCGCAGACCGCAUGCAGAAGGAGAUCACAGCGCUGGCGCCCAGCACCAUGAAGAUCAAGAUCAUUGCCCCUGAAUGCAAGUACUCCGUGUGGAUCGGCGGCUCCAUCCUGGCCUCACUGUCCACUUUCCAGCAAAUGUGGAUCAGCAAGCAGGAGUACGACGAGUCGGGCCCCUCCAUCGUCCACCGCAAGUGCUUCUAGACAGGCUGCCCGCAGG